AUGCGUAACGUCUUGCUUAUCCUCGCCUGCGGCGCCCAACUCGCCGCCGCGCACGAUCUACAAGCAAAAACUGAGCACAUUGUCCAUCUCUCCAGUGAAAAGCACCACGAUUCGCUCGCGAGAGACUAUCCCAAUGCACUCCACGCCAUCACGCACCUGCCGUCGGUUCCAGCUCUGAUCCUCGACCUAACGCCGGCCGAGGCCACGGCGCUCAAGCGCGACGACCGCGUCCGCGCCGUGGACGAAGCCGCAACGGUUUCGCUCCCGGACACGCCGACGCGGAGACAGCUGGCCGACGCCAACGCGACGGACGUCGAGGCCCUCGUCGGCGGCCGCGCCGGCAACUACUGGUUCGACCGCUCGCACUCGCUCGGCGAGCCCUGGAACUUAGGGAAGACGGACUGGUACGACAAGAGCCACAGCCAGGGCAAGCCCUGGAAUUUAGAUAGGAUCAACGGCCGCCUCGACGGCGACGACUCGACGAAGCUCAGUGGAAAAGGUGUUAACAUCUUCGUCCUCGACACUGGUUUAGAUACAACACAUCCGGAAUUCAAGGUGUGCGGCCUCGGCGUCUUCCUAGCCUGA